AAAGAUGUUCGGUAGUUGCCAGUCAAUUUUAAAGAAUAUCGUUGCUAUUCCAGCAGGUUUCGAUUCUCAGAUGUGGCAGAGUGUUAGAUGUGCUUCAAAGAAAGCAGGAGGUUCCACUAAAAAUAUGAAAGGUCGUACAAUUGGUAAACGCAGGGGAUGGAAGAGACAGGAUGGCCAGUUUGUCCACGCUGGAGAGAUCCUGGUACGACAACUUGGCUUGCGCUACUAUCCGGGACAGUAUGUGAGGGCUGGCUUUGACAACACACUAACAGCUUUAGAAGAUGGACAAGUUAUUGUUACUUGUGAGAAGUUAUCUCCAUAUCCAGACAGUCCUCUGUAUGAACCAGUCUCACAGGGACUAACAGUCUAUAAGAAGUUUUUUCAUGUGCUUCCUGUACCUCAACAUGGGAAGUUCAAACUUGUCUCUCAAGUCUGAUGCUGCUGGUACUAGUGUGUGUGUAACCUUCAAUGGCAAAGGGAUCGCUACUGGAUAUUCCAUGUGAUCCCUAAAAAGCAGAGUUUGGAGGGAAGUGCAAACUUCCAUGAAUCUGGGGUUGUUCACAGGAAGUAGUGGCCACUUGGCAUUAUUUAGCGCCACUAGCGUUGAACAUUACCAGUGAUCGCCAACAAUUUCCACUCAUGUUACCUUGGGUUAAGUGAACAUAUAUGUGCUGAAAUAAAUGGAAGUAGUGCUUCAAGUGUGAUUUGUCUGUAUGACCCAGUAGCAGACCACAAGUCAAUAUUUUCAGCUUUGACCAGACAAUGACAUUCUUCAUCAGUUCACAUACACACGUGGAAUUUGUUGUUAUAGGAGAAUUACAGAUACUGAGAUGGACACGCCAAUUCCACAGUGUGGAAUUAGAACUGUCUACAUGCUCUCACAUUCAUGGUUUGUGUCAGUCUUUACGAGGGCCUCUCAAUAUGAAGUUAUGUGACAUGUACGGACUGGAAUUUAUUAAAGGAGAAGAAAACAUAAAAAGGAUACCAAAAUCAGAUGAAAGAGUGUCAAAACUUAUUUGCAAGUAUGAUCUUUAAUUUUUUUUUUGAAGAGAAAAGCGUGUUUGAAAAUAUUUUUAUAUGGUGGGUAUUUGGGACCAAGUAUUGGUAUUUAUCAUUGCUGCAUAAUAAUGUUCUAAAUAAGGAUGUGAUGCUUGUCCAAUAAAUUUAUUUGAAUGUAAAUUUGUUUAUAUCGACAUAUAUGCAUUUAACCUAAAUACGAUAAUAUUUAUGAACAUAUUAAAAAUAUAAAUUUGAUCCAAAUUGAGGUUUAAUACAUUUGUUAGCUCACAAGAACAAAUUCUAGUGCAAAAAUAUUUGUUAAACCUGUGUUACAUCCUCAUUUAUGAUGUUAUUAAACAAAGACUAUAAAUACCAAAAGGUGAUCCCAAAUACCCACCAUACAAAAAUUAUUUCCAAAUGUCUUUUCGUCCUUACGGAAAAAUGGGAAAAAAUAUUGAAGACAACAUUGAAGAAUGACUUUUCUCACUCUUUCAUCUGAACUUUGUCAUUUUUAUGUUUUCUCCACCUUUAAGGAGGCGGAAGUUUAGCUGUGUUCUAGAGAGGUGGUGGUAAUGUGAAGCCACACCUUGAUCAAUUGUUACAUCAAACAUUUGUUCUAGUGCAAUAUAUAUAAUAUAACACUAAAAUGGCUUCAAGGCCCUGCAGCUGGCUGUUGGACAGAUCCCCAUUGUGGAAUUUCUUCAGCUUCUUGCCACAUGAAGGUAGUUUCAUCCACCCUUUAAAACUGACUGCCAUCUUGUAACUGAAAUACUCAGGACAAAAAACAAGCAGUGAAAGAUCAGGAAGUUUUGUACCGAUGUCUGUUAAUGUUAUGGAACAUAAUUUUUCAUUUGGUCAAAAGUAAAUGCUAACAUGUAAGAGGCAGUUGUAAUGUGGCAAAACUUGUAGUGUAGAUUGUUUAUCAAGUUGGAGUACUUGUACCAUGACAGUGUCAUCACACUACUACUGAAUGACUUGCAAGACAAUACAAUCACAGGCCUAGGUCUAAAUUUUACCAGGAAUUGUCUACGAAAGACUCAUCUUAUUGUAUUCAAUGCCUUGGAAUGGUGCAGUAUAAUUAAGUGAAUGUGUGAUAUCUUGAAAUAAAGUUGUUAUA